GAAGAGGAAGAGGAGAAAAGAAGAGGAGAACUUUUGGAAAAACACCGGUCGGAGAGAGGAGGGCUAUACGGACCGUCGGACCUGUGGGGGGAGGGUGACGAGAUUAAGGGGGCACAGGGGUUGCCUCCUCUUCCUCUCGACAGCGAGGUCGCAGGAGCGAACCUGGACUGGAUUUGUGGCAGGGUUCUUCAUUUGGGGCAGUGUCCGUGCAACCCUGAAGCUGCAGCAGGGAGCCAACUCCACAACUUCUGGUGACACAGCACGGAGCCACGAUCUUCCGUCAAGCAGAGAGCGAAGCGGCGUUGGGUGACAUCGGGAGGACAGAGAAUGAGCGUCGGUUUCAUUGGUGCGGGCCAACUGGCUCACGCUCUGGCAAGAGGGUUCACGGCAGCUGGUGUGUUAGCGGCCCACAAGAUUACGGCCAGCUCUCCAGAUCCAGACCACUUGACUGUCUCAGCGCUGAGGAAAAUGGGGGUGAACCUGACCACUAGCAACCAGGAGACAGUGAGCAGGAGCGAUGUGUUGUUCCUGGCUGUGAAGCCCCAAAUUAUCCCCUUUGUACUGGAUGAGAUUGGGGCUGGCAUCGAGGACCGACACCUCAUUGUGUCCUGUGCUGCUGGGGUCACCAUCAGCUCCAUCGAGAAGAAGCUGGAGAACCAUCGGUCUGGCCCCAAAGUAAUGCGCUUAAUGACCAAUACCCCUGUGAUUGUGCGGGAGGGGGCCACGGUAUACGCCACAGGGACACACGCGAAGGUGGAGGACGGCAAGCUGCUGGAGCAGCUCAUGAGCAGCGUGGGCUUCUGCACAGAGGUGGAGGAGGACCUGAUCGAUGCCGUCACGGGCCUCAGCGGCAGCGGCCCCGCCUAUGCUUUCACGGCUCUUGAUGCUCUGGCUGACGGAGGGGUGAAGAUGGGUCUGCCAAGGAGACUGGCUGUCAGACUGGGAGCUCAGGCCCUGCUUGGCGCGGCUAAAAUGCUGCUGGAGUCGGAGCAGCACCCGGGCCAGCUGAAGGACAACGUGUGCUCCCCAGGGGGCGCCACCAUCCACGCCCUGCACGUCAUGGAGAGCGGGGGCUUCCGCAGCCUGCUCAUCAACGCCGUGGAGGCGUCCUGCAUCAGAACCAGGGAGCUGCAGUACGUGGCAGACCAGGAGAAGAUUUCACCGACUGCCAUCAAGAAGACGACGCUACACAAGGUCCUGCAGCAGCACGGCGUCAGCGAGUCCAGCGUGGCUCCCCGGACCGGGAUCUCUCUCUUCACAAACAACCCCCGGCAGAAGAACUGAGCGGAGGAGGAGGAAGAGGAGGAGGAAGAGCUUCACUGAGCAGGCAGAGCCUCUCAUCAGGGACUAUUCAACCAAUGACUCGUAUUUCUAUUGGUUUGAAUAGGUCAGGGAUUGAUGGCUCAUUUUAGCCCCACCUGUCAUCUGGGUUGUAAAACCUACCUCUCCUCUCAAAACCAAAUCUUCUGAUUGGAUCAUCUUGAUGUAUCAGUAAACCUUUGUAACCCCCAAAAAUGAGUGAAGCCAUCAAACAAUAUCACUCACUGAUUUAAUUGGUUCAUAAAAGUCCAUAAUUUGCAGCAUGGGAAGGUAAAACACUAUAUGUUAUGGUUCUUUUAAUAUGGGCUUUCCCAUAUAAUAUGGGUUAUACACACUGGAUGGUUAAAGGGAUAACUAGUGUACUCCGAUCAGAGGAUGGACAACUGGAACAUUUGAUUGGUGACCGAUCUAUACGAAUAUUAUUUUUCAGUAUAAAAAGAGGAUAUCUAAGAGUUUUAUUUUUCUUAUUAUCUCCUAUCUCUCUUGGGGAGGUUGAUGCAUUAAACCCGGGGUUGGUAACCCGGGUCUUAGGGAGCCGCGGGGUGUGCUGGUUUCUGUUUUCACCUUAAAAUAAGCUACCGAUGCAGACCCAAGAAAGAAUGUGAUACGAGUUAACUAUGAAAUCAACUUUUGAACUAUUUCCUUAUAAGAUGAUAUUUUUUCUAAUCUUGGCUCUAUAUUUUGGGGGUUUUUUGGGGGUUGAUUUAACCUAAUUUUAAGUGAUAUGCAUUUGCAUGUUUUUAGAUAUUGGGCUGCACCUUGGGCUACAUUGCUAACGGUUUACUGUUACAGUUCUGGCGAGGUCAGAGUGGAGCACGUCUCCUUGACAACCUAAUGAAGUCUGGAGCACAGGGGUUCAUGUAUGUCUCAGAUGGUUUAAGGUUAUUUAUAGUGCAGGAUUUAUGACUUUCAUGUGCUCAUCCUAGGCACACAAAACUAUUUUGCACCAGGGCUUUGGAAAACCAGAGGGGAAUCACUCUUUGUUUUGCAGUAAUCGAAGUUAUACCAGAAAAAGUUGAUGACUUGCACUCAGUGACCACUUUAUUAGGUAAACCUGUACACCAGCUUGUUAAUGCAAAUAUUUAGUCAGCCAAUCAUGUGGCAGCAACUAAAUGCGUAAAAGCAUGCAGAUGUGGUCAAGAGGUUCAGCUGUUUUUCAGACUAAAUGUCAGAAUAGGGAGAGAGUGAUCUCAGAAAUGGCUGAUCUCCUGGGAUUUUCAUGCACUCUGGUCUCUAGAGUUUGCAGAGAAUGGUGUGAACAACAAAGAACCUCCAGUGAGCUGCAGUUCUGCGGGCAAAAACACGGCCAGACUGGUUGAUGCUGAGAGGAACAUGACAUUAAUGGAAAUAACCAUGCAUUACACCUGUAGUAUGCAGAAGAGCAUCUUUGAACACACAACGUGUCAAACCUCUAAGUGGAUAGGCUACAGUAGCACCGAUAAGUCUAAAAAAUAAGAAACAAAUACAAUAAAAUGCUCACUGAGUGUAUUUCAAUAAGCUGUGACUGUGUGCUGUAAGAUAUAUUACAGUUUUUGGGGAUAAGGACAGUGGUUUUCACUUUAUUAUAAGAAUGGUCAAGCCAAAUGCGGCUCAUUGCUCUUAUAUCAUUCAGUUGUUCUUAAAUGACAAAUCUUGUUUCUUUAGCACAUCAGGCUCUGAUGCAUUUUCUGAGCAGCUUAGUUACCUCAUUUUCUCUGUGUUGUGCAAAGACUUUGUAUGCCCCAAAAAACUAAUAAAUGCCAUUUUCUUUUCA